AUCAGCUGAAUCUGUCCGGGACAGACCAGGGAAGAUGGCGGCCACUGACCAUUCCCGGUCCGAAGCUGCCAAACAGCGACGGCAGGAUCAGCUGCAGCGAUGGCUAGGCUCGGAGACGGAUCAGACAGGGUCGGAGGCCCGGGAAACGUCGAGCGGAUCCGGGACGAGGCGGGCCAAGGUCCGGUUCGCCCAAGGAGCUGUGUUUAUGGCCGCCUGCUCCGCCGGAGACCGGGAGGAGGUGGCGGCGCUGCUCCGCCAGGGAGCUGACAUCAACCACGCUAAUGUUGACGGACUGACAGCACUUCAUCAGGCCUGCAUCGACGAAAACGCUGAGAUGGUGCAGUUCCUUGUGGAGAACGGGAGCAACGUCAACAGGGGCGACAACGAGGGCUGGACUCCUCUGCACGCUGCGGCCUCCUGCGGCUUCAUCCAGAUCGUUAAGUACCUGAUAGAGCACAGUGCUCAUGUCGGGGCGGUGAACAGUGAAGGAGAGCUUCCUCUGGAUGUGGCCACAGAAGACGCAAUGGAGCGACUGCUCAAGGGGGAAAUAAAAAAACAAGGAAUAGACGUGGACAAGGCUCGAAAGGAAGAGGAGAGGGUCAUGCUUCAGGACGCCAUGUCGGUGCUGGCAGGAAGUGGCACUCUCACACCUCACCCAAACACCAAGGCAACAGCUCUGCACGUCGCCGCUGCCAAGGGCUACAUCGAAGUCCUGAAGGUGCUCUUAAAAUGUGGAGUUGAUGUGGACAGCAGGGACAGCGAUGGGUGGACGCCCCUGCACGCUGCAGCUCACUGGGGGCAAGAGGAGGUGUGCACCCUGCUCACUGACAACAUGUGCGACAUGGGUGCCAUCAACAUUGUGGGCCAGACACCUUUAGAUGUUGCAGAUGAGAACCUCGUGGACACUCUGGAGGAGCUACAGAAGAAACAGAACGCUUUACGCACCGAGAAGGAGAAACAGACUCCUGUUAUUGAGACCAGCCCGCAAAUCUCCAUGGUACCGGUUCGCACACGCAGGACAUCUAUUUCUCGUAUGAGCAGUAAGGAGAAAAUCUGCCUCCACGAGCGGGAGAAGCAUCCACCUCCUGCCUUGCAGAGCAGCCCGGCUGAGGACGAGGAGGAGGACGGCGGCGGCGGCGGCGGCGGCGGCCAGACGGCGCAGAGCCAGUCACAGAGCCAGGCGAAAGCUUCCAGCAGCUCCAGCUCCGAGGAGGAGAGCGAAUCUGAGAGUGACGCAGAGUCUGAGAAAGCAAAAAAUCGAGAGAUUAUAAACAACUUGAACAACAAACGCAACACCACCAGCCUCCUUCCUACCUCCAUGUCAACGAGUACUGCUACAAGCCAAGUUAAAAAGCAAGAAACAAGCAAGCCCCCAGCGACCGAGGCCCCGGGCUCCUGGAGAACGUCUCUGAGGAAGGCAGGCAGCUCGGUGACUCUGGGCUCAGCUGGACUGACUGACUCCAGCCAAGACUCCAGCAGACCACCGGAGUCGGGCCUGGGGAUGACCCGCUCUGCCUCCAGCCCCCGCCUCAGCUCCGAGGCCGACACCAAGGAGCCGAGACUCGCUCGGGUGCCGCCUAUUCCGACGCGGAAGCUUUUCAGUAUCCCAGACAGCAGCCCUGACAACUCCAACAGUUGGCUAAGCCGUAGCUCCUCUUACACCCGGCGCCUUCAUAGUCAGUCAGGGAAUGAUCUCACUAGUUCCAACCCAUAUUUGCCUCACAGCUCAUCUUAUGGAAAGAGACUGGAUGACCCCACCGUGACCUCAGCUAGCACAGGAACGAGCUCUACUGGACUCAGCCGCCUUAAUAGUGUCUUGGGCCAGAGACUUCCUCAGGAACAGACAGAGAAGAAGGACCAGCCUGCCGUCACCACCUCCAACUCUCAGAAUACGACAGCAGGCGAACAGGAGACCAAGCAGAGGCGCAAGUCCUAUCUGACACCUGUGCGAGAUGAGGAGGCAGAGGCGCAAAGAAAGGCUCGCUCCCGACACGCGCGGCAGUCUCGUCGCUCCACUCAGGGGGUGACACUAACAGAUCUUCAGGAGGCUGAGAAGACCAUAAAUACUAUGAAGAUGGACAAUAAAGGGAGAGAAAAGGAGGAGGAAGAGAAGGAAAAAGAGAAGGAAGCAAAGCCUAAGAAGGGAGAGGAAGGGGAAGUGAGCUGGAGGUCUCGAAUUGCCAGUCUGCAGAAGUCAGACCUGCUAGGCCUCACGCAGCCGGCUGGCACUCCGCGGCCUCAGACCUCUGAGAGGAGAGAUGUUGAGGCCAGCACGGGGGAGAGCGAGACGGAGCGAUGGGCCCGGGAGCGCAGAGAGAGGAGACAAGCUCGGGCCAGAAGAAAGGCACAGAGGACUGGGGAGAGUGAUGACAAUGAUCCCAGCGAGGAAGAGUUCUCAGGCAACAGGCUGGAUCUGCAGACAGACCAGCACUUGAGGUCCAGGUCAGACCUAUCCUGUAAUGACCGUACCGGAGGAGGCUCCGAGAGCAAGGACUUUAAGAAGUUGUUUGAGGAGGUGUCCAGAGAAAACAGCCAGCUCCAGUCUCAGCUGCAGGACACUCAGAGGAUUGUCAGUCAGACCAGGUUGGACCUGGAAAAGGCCACACAGAGACAGGAGCGCUUCAGUGACUGUUCAGCCCUGCUGGACAUGGAGAGAAAGGACCGGAGGAUGUUGGAGCGGCGUAUGGCGGAGCUGGAGGAGGAGCUGAAGGUUCUGGUUGACCUGAGAGCAGACAACCAGCGUCUUAAAGAUGAAAAUGGAGCACUGAUCCGUGUCAUCAGCAAACUCUCCAAAUAGACGGAGUGAGAGAGAGAGAGAAAGAGAGAGAGAGAGAGAGACAGCACGCGAGAGACACGAAAAGCAGGGAACCCCCCCUCCCCUCCAACCCUCCCCCGUCCUUCCUUCUAUCCAUCCAUCCAUCCCUCCCUCCCUCCCUCCCUCCCUCCCUCCCUCCUUCCACACAUUCCUCCCAGUGCCAAAGAGCGACAGAGAGAGGUAGAGUGAGAGAGAGUGAGAGGGAGAGAAGCAGCAGAAUGUCCUACGUACAUGAACACCACAGCUUGACUUUGGAUUGUGAUGCCUCUCUAUAGUCCUGAACAGCUGGAGUGGCUUUUGUGUGCUUUUUAUUUUUUAUUUUUAAUUCCCGUUUGUCACAGGAAGACCUACGGCAUGAAGGCCUGUGGUUAUGGUCCGAGGCUCCCACAGUAGUGAUAUGAAACUUGACAACAGCCAAAAUGCCCACGGCUGGUGCAACACAGAAAAAACACGACAUCUACUACUACUACUACUACUACUGUGCAUCAGGGGAACACUUAACGUGCACACACAUUCCUAUGCGUGCAUCACAUACUUCCUCGAUGCACAUUCCACGAGCGCAUAAGGCCGUUUAUGUCCUUAAAGCUCCCACUUAGUAUUUAAUUUUUUUGUGAACACAUUUUUUACGUCACACAUUCACGAGUUUACCCCCACUCACUGUCCGCGUCCAAAUCUAAAGUUGUCAAGCAGGUUUCAGCUCUGAGAACACAUUUUCAGGCUGCCUUUUAAACUCCGCAACUACAUCCCGACGACAGGGGGAAGUCCGUGAAGCUUUGUCGGAUUGUUUUGUUUCCACAUGCAAGUCUUUGAACCCACCUACCUCUCCACCUAUGCACUUCCCCACAUACUUUUUUUUAUUUUUAUUUUAUUUUUGUGACCACAGACACACUCCAUGCUCUUAAAAAAAAAAAGAAAAAAAAUGACCGCAGAACCAGGUCCGAUGACAGCAGCACUUUACUCUCUGCAAAGCAAUAAAAUAUCUGCGAGGCUUUGCCCGUCCUCCAGACAGACAACCUCAGUUCAGAGAGGCACCUUCUCAAGACUACUUGUCUUUUUUUUUUAAAAAGCAAGCAGGGUGAAGAAGUUACCCCAUAGCUGAAGGUCAAAGGUCAUUGCACAAUUAUAUAAAUUGCUGUUCUGUCAAAGCCUAUUAUGCUAUGAAUGGUUUUAAUUAUUACCAUUGAUAAAGAUAUUAUUUUCAUAGUUUUUCAUUGUCAAUUCCUCUCUUGCAAGGGAGCAUGGUUAUGUAUAUUACAUGUGUAUAAAUACUAGUCUUUAAUAAUAUCCUCAUGAAGUAAAAUGCCAUGUAGCCUUUCUUCACAUGUUGGUUUUCUAAUAUAUUAAAUGGAUGUUUGCACCCUAAAUAAAAAAAAGUGUGUUUGUA